AUGGGCAUCAACAACCCCCUUCCGUCGUCUUUGGCAUCGGAAUGCAAAAAGUGCGGCAAGAUCUUGACAUCAUUUAUUGACCCAAGACAAGCGUUCGGCCCGGACAAAGUCAUCCCACCGUCGGUACUCGCGGGCGCGAAGGGUCUCGCGAUUCUCACAGUAAUAAAAGCCGGAUUCCUGGGCUCCGCGCGGUUCGGCAGCGGCCUGGUCGUUGCCCGGCUUCCCGAUGGCUCGUGGAGCGCGCCCACGGCGAUUGCGACCGGCGGCGCCGGCUUCGGCGGGCAGAUCGGGUUCGAGUUGACCGACUUCGUCUUCAUCCUCAACGAUGCGAGCGCCGUCAAGACCUUCUCGCAAGCCGGCUCUCUGACCCUGGGUGGCAACGUGUCGAUUGCGGCGGGUCCCGUUGGCCGGAAUGCCGAGGCAGCGGGCGCCGCGUCGCUGAGGAGUGUGGCGGGUAUUUUCAGCUACUCCAAGACCAAGGGCCUGUUUGCCGGCGUGUCGCUCGAAGGGUCGAUGAUCAUCGAGCGCAAGGAUGCCAACACCAAGCUGUACGGGCGCCCCAUCUCGGCGCGCGAGCUACUCUCGGGCAGCGAGCGGCCGCCGCCGCAGGCCGCGCCGCUCCUGAACGUCCUCAACUCGCGCGUCUUUAGCGGAGUGUCGCCGGGAACGAUGGAUGAUCGGAUGUACAAUGACGUACCGGUCUAUGACGAUCACCGCGACGACGUUGUCUGGGGCAACUCGGCAGGAUCCGGGUACAGGGAGGGACAGCCGCGAGACAACGGGCACGGUAGCGGGGGCCAGGCGCACGACGAGUUUGACCGGCCAAAGAGGUCGUCAACCUGGCAGGAUGAUGUCUACGAUCAGCCAAGGUCGUUUGGGCAGGGUUCAAGGUCCAAUACCUUCAGUGACGGUUUUGGCGGGUCAGGAGCGGCUGGGAACGGGGCGGCGAAGAAGGUCGGGCCGGGACGACCGGCGGCGCCGAAGCCGAACUAUGCAAGCAAGGAGGCGCUCAUGAAGAAGAACGAGGCGAUUGCACUCUAUACCUUCGAAGCUGACCAGCCGGGCGAUCUAAGUUUCAAGAAGGGGGAUAUCAUCACGGUGCUGAAGAAGACGGACAGCGACAACGACUGGUGGACUGGUAUGAUUGGGACAAGGCACGGAAUAUUCCCGAGCAACUACGUCAAAAUGAAGGAGUGA